AUUUUUUUUUUUCCCCCCCCCCCCCCCAGUGCCGUUGUAACGUCGGUCGCUAAACGAACCGUUGUAAGUCGAGGACUACCUGUACUGCAGACCGGGAGGCAUGUGGGGAGGACAAACUAGGCUCCUUUCGGGAGAAACGGAGCAGCGUUGUUUUUUUUUUCUUCAAUCUUGACAGGUUUCAAGGGACUUCCAAUUCCCAGAAUUCCCCGGCCGUGCUGAAGAAUUCUGGGAAUUGAAGUCCCCUCUUUCUGAAAGCAACCAAGGGGGUUAGAGAGAUAAGUAGGGGGAAGAUCCUUUCAGGAAGGGGUGAGUGGCCAGAGCCAAGAGACAACUGUGCCAGCUUCUGGGGUGGCAAAACCUUGAAAGACUCUGGACGGUGGCGGUGGCGCCGGGGAGGGAGCAGUGCCCGACUCGCCACUAGCCACACGGGGGCUCCAGCGAUGCAGACGAACCUGGGGACGGCGCUGCUGGCCUUAGCCCUGUGGGCGCUUUGCUCACCUGGGCUGAGCACGGAAGGUAAACGGAAGCUGCAGAUCGGAGUCAAAAAGCGAGUGGACAACUGUCCCAUCAAGUCCCGCAAAGGCGACGUGCUCCACAUGCAUUACACGGGAAAACUGGAAGACGGGACGGAGUUUGACAGCAGCUUAACUCGCGAUCAGCCCUUCAUCUUCUCCUUGGGCACCGGACAAGUCAUCAAAGGCUGGGAACAAGGCUUGCUCGGGAUGUGCGAAGGCGAGAAAAGGAAGUUAGUCAUCCCGUCAGAGCUCGGUUACGGAGAUCGGGGAGCGCCGCCUAAAAUCCCAGCAAAUCACUAGAGUUGAGCGAGUCACACGGUCGUUAAAUGUGAAGCCAGCUCUCCACGUUGACUUUGCUCGUCCGAAGCCGGCUGGGAAGAUUGCAAAGGCGUGCCAGACAUCCAAAUUUUUGAUGCCGCGAUGGUCGUAAGCGCGAGGCCAAGGCUGCAAAUCACCUUUUUCAGCGCCGUUGUAACAAGUCACUAAAUAAAUUGUAAAUUGAGGACUUCC